CCGAUCCCUUUCCCCAUCCGCGUCUCCCCUCCCCCUCCCCCUCCCCACUCUCUCGACGACGGGAGGAGGCGACGCAAUCCCGGGAGCUCGAAACCCUAGUUCCCGAAUCUGAGUCGCUGAUUCACCCGGAGCCCCGCCCCGAUUCGACGCCCAUAGCCGCCGGGCUUGGGUUACACCGCUCCCCGGCUGUAUAAGCACUGGCGGCGGCUGCUGCUGCUGCUGCUGCGCUCGAGGAGGCGCCUCGUUUCGGCGGGUUCUUGGUCUCGAAGGCCUUCCCCCGGGCAGUUUGGUGGUGUCCCGCGCCCGGAUCCGCGGCGAUCUGAGAGGGGAAGGCGAUAGCGACGGCGAUCCAGCCGUGGUAGCCCCCCAAUUCGGAGGGUUUCCGGUUGGCAGAAGAGGAAAAGUUCGGGCCCUUGGCGGGGCUCGGAGCGGCGCGGCGCGGCGUGUGAUCUGGCUGCUCCGUGCGGCGAGCCGCUUGGCUUCUUCCGCGACCCUGUAGGAGAGGAGACCUGUGGCCGACGAGGCGGAGGAGAUAAAAACUGCUUGCUUGUACACUUGUUCAUGUGUUCAUUUGUUUCCUCGAUUUGUCCUGGUUCAAAGCAUCAGUUUUUCCGCUCAAUUUAAUGGCGAAGACAGUUUUUUCUUGUUUCUUGCUGGUUUCUAUCGAAUAGUCUGCUUUAUUACAGAAGAAGAGGGAAAAAAGCAACAAAAAAGGAAAAUAAAAUACAAAAAAAUAUAUAAUCAGAAGAAAAGAAAGGGGGAAAAAAAUAGAGUGAGCAGGGAAAUGGCUGUUUAUUACAAGUUCAAAAGUGCCAGAGACUAUGACUCAAUUCCGAUCGAAGGACAAUUCAUCUCGGUUGCCAACCUGAAGGAGCGGAUUUUUGAGUCCAAGCAUCUUGGCAGAGGCGCAGAUUUCGACCUCAUGAUAUCAAAUGCUCAGACUGACGAAGAGUAUGCUGAUGAGGUUACUAUGAUACCAAAGAACACAUCAAUAUUGAUUCGGCGGAUACCAGGACGGCCAAGGAGGCCUAUUGUCACAGAACCUGAAGAGACAAAAGCCGCAGAAUAUAGGGUAGAAGAAGUCAUGCCUGCUGCUAGUGCUUUUCUUGGUGAUUCAUCUAUGAAAUAUCCUGAAGAAUCUGAGUGGGAUGAUGAGUUUGGCAACGAGUUAUAUGUUUCUGAUUCCAUUCCUUCUCAAUCUGCUAGCCAGGCGGUUGAUGCUUCUGAAAAUAAAGUUGAUGAAGAUAGUAAAAUAAAAGCACUUAUUGAUACAUCUGCCCUUGACUAUAGCCAAAUCCCUGAUGGUUAUGGUGCUGGAAGAGGCUAUGGUAGGGGGAUGGGUGGAAGAAUGAUGGCUGGCCGUGGUUUUGGACGUGGGCUGGAACGCAGGACACCUCCUCCAGGUUAUGUUUGCCACAGAUGUAAAGUACCUGGUCAUUUCAUUCAACAUUGCCCAACGAAUGGUGAUACUAGAUUUGAUGUGAAAAGGAUGAAACCCCCAACUGGCAUUCCAAAAUCAAUGUUGAUGCAAACUCCAGAUGGCUCGUAUGCACUGCCAAGUGGGGCUGGUGCUGUUUUGAAGCCAAAUGAAGCUGCUUUUGAGAAGGAAAUAGAGAGCCUACCCACCACCCGCUCUGUUGGUGAUCUUCCACCAGAGCUACGCUGCCCAUUGUGCAAAGAAGUAAUGAAGGAUGCUGUUCUAACUAGUAAAUGCUGCUUUAGGAGUUUCUGUGAUAAAUGCAUCAGGGACUACAUAAUUAACAAGUCUAUAUGUGUUUGUGGUGCCACAAGUAUAUUAGCGGAUGAUCUUCUCCCCAAUAAAACUCUAAGAGAAACCAUCAGCCGAAUAUUAGAGGCACCACCAACUAGUAGCACAGAAAAUGUGGGAAGCAUGGUGCAAGUACAGGACAUGGAGUCAUCUCUACCUGUACAACCCAAGGUUAGAUCUCCUGCUGUUUCUGCUGCUUCAAAGGAAGAGACUAAAGCACCCACACCUGUAGAAGAUUCUCCAAAUGCUGAGAGCCUUAGUGGAGCAAAAGCUACAAAUGUUGACGUGAGUUCUUCAGAUAAGAAGGCCACCACAAUUCCAGAUGUUGCCGAAGGGUCUACUGAGUCUAAGAAUGCGAAAGAAGAUAAACCAGUAGAAGUGACUCAUGUUGCAAAAGGUUCUCAAGAAAAGUUGCCUGCAGGGGAACAAGCAGUAAAGAAGAAGAAAAAGAAGAAGGCACGUGCUCCGGGAAAUGCUGAGGAGCAAUGGAAAAAUUAUCAAGAUUUUGGAGCUGAAAAUUUUGCUGCGAUGCCUUUGGGUCCAACUGGGGGUUUCAACCCUUACUGGGGCGGAGGGGUGCCAUUGCCGAUGGAUUACAUGGGUGCACCGUUUCCUGGUCCCAUGCCUUACAUGGGUUACCCACCAGGUCCAUUUGACCCUUUUGGUGGGGGAGUUCUACCACAAGAUCCAUUUAUGCCCCCAGGAUAUAUGAUGCCAGGAGUUCCUAGGGACCUUUCUGAAUUAGCAGUUAACCCUAUGGGAAUAAAUAUGGGUCCACCAGUUAUGAGCAGGGAAGAAUUUGAUCCCAGGAAACCUGAGUAUAGGAGACGUGAAAUGGAUCGAUUCAACGAAAGGGAGAGGGAGCGCGACCGUUCCUGGGAGAGGGAGAGGGAGAGGGAGAGGGAGAAGGAGAGGGAGAGGGAAAGGGAAAGGCAGUGUGAUCGCUCCCGGGAGAGGGAGAGAGGCCGGGACCGGGAUCAUGAGCGGGAGCGAGAGAGGGACAGGGACUCUCAAAGAGAAGUAAGAGAAUCAUCAGGAGCAAAUAACGAUAAUACUUCGAUGAGGCGGAAGGCUAGGUCAAGGUCCCUGCCGGACAGGUCGGAGCACGCGCCGCCACCGUCGUCGAGCCCCGACCGGCACUCGCGCCGCUCCCCGCACCGCUCGUCCAGCUCCGGCAAGAAGCGCUCCUCCGACCGCUACGACGACCUCCCGCUCCCGCCUCCCCCGCCGCCGCCCCCGUCGCGGCACGAGCCCGAGCCCGCGAAGGCGCCGCCGGCGGAUGCGGCCGACCCGCGGGGGUCCAAGUCCAAGGCGAGCGUCUUCUCCCGCAUCAGCUUCCCCGGCGACGGCGACCCCUCUGACGCCAAGCGCAGCCGCAGGGCCUCCUCCGACAAGCCCCCUGCGCACUCCUCUUCCUCCAAGAAAAGCGCCGCCGCAGCGGCCGAGGACAGCGACGCCCGCCACCGCCGCGGCCACCAGAACCACCGGGAGGCUGCCGCGAAGUCCGCGGCGGCGGAGGAGAAGCGGAGGCCCGUUGCCCCGAGCGAGUUAUAUGGCGAGGAGGAGGAGAGCGAGGAGGAGGAGGAGCAGCACUUCAAGAGGCGCCCGUCCUCCUCCCGGCGCGAGCGCGAGCGGGAGAAGGAGGCGCACGAGGAGCCGCGGCACUCGCGGCGGUCGAGGGACCACGGCGGCGGCCACAAGCGCCGGUGAGGGAAGAAGCCACCUACCUGCUGCAGUGCUGCCACUUCCCCUGCAGCGCUGAGCGUCGUCGAUGAUAAAGCUAGAGACUUUUGGGAGGUCGCCGGAAGCGCGCCUCCGAGAGCUGAGUAGGCCUGGACCUGGGUCUUGUACAUUUCCUCAUGGGAAUAUAUUGUUUUGCUAUAAGCGAAUCGAAUCAAAUCAAAUCAAAUUGGGAUUAUAAUAAGUUUGAUUUGUUAGAUCA